AUUUUUUUUCUUUCACAAAAAUUGCAGGAAACACCACUAAAGAAAAUGUUCAGCAGCAAGGAAGAAUUGAAGAAAAGGACCGGUGAAUGUGGUAUUGGCAGAUUUAAUUACUUGCAAUCGCUUGUCACCGAAUAUCAAGAUACGGAUAACAAUGAGUCAAAGCAGCAAGUUCUUGCCAACUUAGCAAACUUUGCCUAUGAUCCUAUAAACUAUGGACAUUUUCAAGUGCUGAAUAUUGUGGAUCUUUUCCUUGAUGCUUUAGAAGAGUCUAAUGAAAAGUUGAUAGAAUAUGCCAUAGGUGGAGUGUGUAACUGCUGUUUAGAUAAGAGGAUUAAACUGCAAGUAAUACAACAUGAUGGAGUUAAGCUUGUCACUGCCUGUCUGUCAAGUCCUAAUGAGGAGACAGUGUUAUCAGCUAUCACAACUCUUAUGUAUCUCACUACUCCAGAAUCAAAGAAAGAUAUAAUGUCAUUGCCUGUUGUUGAGUGUAUGCUGAGGUUUUCUGAAGCUAGUAAUAAGAGACUUGGUAACCUGGCUAAGGUUUUUCUGCAGGACUAUUGCUUAGUUAGCCAAGUGGAAGCAGCCAAAGAGAUACAACAUCAGUUGUCAACUCCCAAACAGUGGAAUCAGGACAUCUGACAAAUCAACUGAACAUAUCUGACAUCUGUAGUCAGCAUAGAGACAGCGCAACAUAUCCAACCUCAGCUGUCAGCUCAGAGACAGCACAACAUAUCCAACCUCAGUUGUCAGCUCAGAGACAGCACAACAUAUCCAACCUCAGUUGUCAGCUCAGAGACAGCAGAACAUAUCCAAAAUCUGUUAUUAGUUCAUAGACUGUUGAAUGUUUUGAACAUUAUCUGUAAUUUCAGAGACGAUCAAAUUGGGACACCUGACAAAUCAGCCGAACAUAUGCAACAUCAGUUGUCAGCUCAGAGACUGCAGAACAUAUGCAACAUCAGUUGUCAGCUCAGAGACUGUCGAACAUAUGCAACAUCAGUUGUCAGCUCAGAGACUGCCUAACAUAUGCAACAUCUGUUGUCAGCUUAAAGGCGAUUUAAUUUAUUGAACAUAUGUUAUCGCCUUAAAGACUUAUGUUAUUAAGAUUUUAAACUCAAAAGUGGAAGGUUUUUAAUGGUCUUCAUACAUGUUUACCAGUAUCAUGUCUUUGUUUAUCUUUGUUUAUGUUCUUAAACCUAGAUGAAAAGUUGAAACUCGUCUUGAUAUCGCUUAAGUCAAAAUUCCGUUUGAGUCAAAAUUAUUUUCAAUUUUUCCUUCUGUAUCUUUGUAAUUUUAGUUCAGAUGACUUAAUUUUGAUUGAGUCAACGUGAUUUUUCAGUCCCUUCAACUGGAAAGCAAGGUAAAAGUCAUUUGUUGUCUCGAAGUUAAUUUUUCUCAAAACAUCACAUCUUCUUACGAAAUGCGCCCAUAAAUACACAAAGUAGAAAGUCACCUGUGCGUUACCCAUGUCUAAUUAAAGCAUAUCAGCGGUCCAUUGUACGCACAGCACCUGGUCUCUGGUGAUUAAUUACCAGUUUAAUUAUCCAAUUAAUGUUUGGCUUCUUAAUUGGUGUCACCAUCCUGUAGCAGUGACUUACCUGUACAUUAAAAAGUAGUAUGUUUACUCAAAACAUGAAAACAUUUAGCUUGAUUGCAUGCAUCUUCAGGAAUGAUAAAAACGAAACCAGUACAAACUUUUUGACAAAACCUGAUCCCCACGAUUCCGAGAGAAACUUAUUUUAAGCUUGUUUACUAAAGGACUGUGAUUGGGAACUUUAAUAGAUUAAGUAUUUAGACAAUGAAGUGCUGAAAGUAUUUUUCAUUGACAGAGUCUAUAUCUGUGUGUGAUUUGUACAAUAUUUUCUUUAACAUUUAUAAACUUUCUAGCGCAGCAUUUUUCAUUUAUUUAUUUGUUUAUUUAUUUAUAAUAAAUGAUAUAUGAUGUAUAUGUGCUUGGUCAGUAAGAGUAUUGUACACGUGUGCAGGAUGGAACGAUGUGACUACAAAUGCAAUUGAUUGAAGUUUUUAUUACAUGUUUUGUUGUUUGGAUGAAUAAAC